UCCGCCCUGGAAAUGGGCUAACUGCAACACAAAACAUUGUGAAAACAUGACAAGAAAGCGCUUUAUUUAUUUCCUGCCUCGAUAGCAGUGAUUAAGUAUGGUUUUUGACACUUAACAGUAUACUAGCAGCUUGAUAAUAUAAACCCGCACCCAUGCAAAAUAUGGGAAAUUCGGAAUCCAACAGCCAUGACCACCGUGGGCUUGAACACCGAAAACCAUCGAUGCCGAUGCCAAUACGGUUACCAAUGCCGGAGACCGCCGAGUUGGAUAAACGGUUCACGAAGGUCUUGGCUUCUAUGGAUUUACCACCUGACAAGGCUAAAGUUUUGAAGAGCUACGAUGAUGAAAAGAAGUGGGAUUUAAUAUGUGAUCAGGAGCAAGUCCAUGCUAAGGACCCCCCACAUGUAUAUUUAGACAAACUGAAGACAUACCUGGACCCACGAGCAACCCGCAGUUCUCGCCAAAGAGUGUAUAUGGCCCUACACAACAUGGUAACGUUUCCCCAGUGCACUGACAGUAAGCGAAAGAUUCUUGGCGAUUCUACGUCGACACAAGUUCUCAGGGAUCUUGAGAUAUCUUUACGGACCAAUCACAUAGAAUGGGUGCGAGAAUUCCUAAACGAAGAGAACCAAGGGUUGGACGUGCUUGUCGACUACCUGUCUUUUACGCAAGUUGUCAUGAGACGAGAACAGCUCCUGUCCCAGGAAAAGACGGCGAGCCUCGACUCUGGGUUAAGUCGGAGUCCCAACAGGAGGCUGAGGAGAUCGAACACCCUGGGCUCUCCCCCCCGCAGUUUGAAAUAUUCCAGCAAACUCAACAUGGGGGAGGCCCGUGAUGAUGUACACGUCUGCAUAAUGUGCCUACGAGCCAUCAUGAACCACCAGUAUGGUUUCAACCUUGUGAUUUCCCACAGACAAGCCAUUAACUGUAUAGCUAUGAGUUUGAAUCACAGAAGUUUAAGGACCAAGGCUUUAGUUUUAGAGUUGUUAGCCGCAGUUUGUCUUGUCAGUGGUGGACAUGAGAUUAUCCUGUCAGCUUUUGAUAACUUCAAAGAGAUGUGUGGAGAGGGUCCACGGUUUGAAACACUAAUGGAUUAUUUUAAAAAUUAUGAAGAAUUCCACAUAGACUUUAUGGUUGCCUGUAUGCAGUUUAUCAACAUCGUUGUCCAUUCUGUUGAGAAUAUGAAUUUCCGCGUCCAUCUUCAACACGAGUUCACUGAGAUCGGCUUGGACGAUUACCUGGAGAAACUUCGCCAUACAGAGAGUGACCGGCUGGCAGUCCAGGUUCACGCCUACCUGGACAACAUGAUUGACGUCGCCCAGCUCCUCGAGGAUUCCGAGACGAAGACGGAGGCGCUGGAGAAAGUGGCCGAGUUGGAAGAUGAAGUUUCACAUGUAAAUGAACGGUUGCAGGAAGUGGAGGAAGAGGCUCUGAGGAAAACAGUGGAACUGGAGAAGCAACUGUCGGACGCACUAACGGAACUGGAGUCAAUGAAGGACAUGAUGAAGGAGCAAGAGUAUGAGAUGAACACCCUGCGACUGACGGUCAACGAGAAGGACGAGGAGUCUCGCAAGAGACAGAGCAUGCUGGACGCCAAGCUACAGGAGCUGGAGCACCUCCGUGUCCAGGUAUCAGGAAUGGUGCCGCUUGCUAACGGUAAGAUUGAAGCGGAUGAUCCUGGUGCGCCCGGACUGCCGCCUGUUCCAAUUUCCAUACCAAAAGCUGUUUCUCCACCACCCCCACCUCCCCCUCCUCCCCCACCACCACCCCCAUUUUCAGGAGCACCUCCACCGCCUCCACCACCAGGAGCUGGAAUACCCAAUGUUGCAGCCAUGACAAUAAAGCGUAAAAUACAAACAAAAUACCGACUACCAAUCCUGAACUGGACUCCACUGAAGCCGCAGCAGGUUAAGGGAACGAUAUUCUCCGAUCUGGACGAUGAGAACCUUUAUGAGGUGAUAGACUUUGGUGAUUUUGAGGAGACGUUUCGACUGGGGCCCAUCGGUCAUGCGCGGAGUUCGGGCAGUGAAACACCCAAGCUGUACCAGAAGAACAAGAAACCCACCAGCGUGUCGCUGCUGGAGCCCAAUCGCCUGCGCAAUGUCGCUAUAACGCGCCGGAAGAUGGAGAUGACAAACGAGGAGAUUGUGAAGGCCAUCCACAACGUGGACUUGAAGAGGCUCUCACUGGACAUGGUGGACAUCUUGCUGACCAUCCUCCCAAACGACCAGGAGCAUAAACUGUACCGUGAUUAUGAGAGAGAGAAGAAACCUAUAGAUACCCUGUCUGAUGAAGACAAGUUUGUCAUGCAGAUGUGCCGUGUUGAGAGGUUGACACAGAAGCUGACAAUUAUGAGCUUCAUAGGAAACUUCUAUGACAACAUCCACCACCUACAACCGCAAGUGAAUGCCAUCAUAGCUGCUUCAAUGUCGGUGAGAAGCUCACAGAAAAUCAAGAAACUUCUUGAGAUUAUUCUUGCGUUUGGAAAUUACAUGAACAGUGCUAAGCGUGGGGCUGCCUAUGGAUUUAAGCUGCAGAGUUUGGACAUGUUGGUGGACACAAAAUCUGGCGACAAGAAAGUGACUCUGAUGCAUUUUCUGGUGCUAACAAUACAGGAGAAGUUUCCUGAUCUUCUCAACUUCGACUCAGAACUUCGCUUCAUUGAGAAGGCUGCUGUUGUUUCCAUGGAGAACAUUUCCACAGAUAUCCAUGAGUUGGAAAAAGGUUUUGAUUUGACAAAGAAAGAGUACAACGCCCGCAAGGAUUCCAAGGAUUGUCCAGUAAUCCUGAAGGAUUUCCUGGUCAACUCUGAGGAGCGCUUCAAGAAACUUCUUGCCGAUGUGAAAACAGCUCAAGAUGCUUACAAACGUGUAGUUGAACACUUUGGUGAGAGUACAAGAUCUACAUCACCAACGACGUUCUUUUCUAUAUUUGUACGAUUUGUUGCUUCAUUUAAGGACGCACUUCUUGAGAAUGAGCGUAGGAAGAAGUUGGAAUAUGCAAACAUGGUGGAGCCAAAUAUGUCCAUGGCUCUGAAGAAAGAUAAGAAAAUGUCACAGGAGGCGAUGGUUUCCGAGCUGAAGAGUCGCAACCGACAGAUCAAAGACAAGAAACUGCUCAACAAAGACGAGGUUUACCAUGGAGCCCUGGAAGACAUACUGCUAGAUUUGAAGAACGAGCCGUACAGACGUGCGGACGCUGUCCGUCGCAGUCAGAGACGGAGAGUGGAGAACAUGAUCAUUCCAUCGACAGGACGCAGUGAGAUCUUCUAAACCACGCGUGCUGGUACUGACGUGUGUUUGUACUGAUGUGUGUUGGUACUGACACCUGUUUGUUCUGACGAGUGUUGGUAUUGACACAUGUUGGUACUGAUGCAUGUUUGUUCUGACGCAUGUUGGUACUGACGCAUGUUGUUCUGACGCGUGUUGGUACUAACACAUGUUGGUACAUGACACAUGUUGGUACUGACGCGUGUUGGUACUGACACUGUUGGUACAUGACGCAUGCUGAUACUACUGUGUAGUGCAGAUAUGACCGGUCCUGUAUGGUGAUAAGUCGGAAUCGGUAUUGAUGCCACUUGCAUAAUUAACCAGGUUGUCCGUUCCAUGGUGCCAGAAGCAAUUUUAACCCUUUGAGUGGUGAGACGUCUUCCUCCAAUGCUGGUAGUACCUGCAGUCAUGUCUGGACUAGAGGAGGGUCGGUAGUAACUCUUCAUAUUUGUGGAUGAGGCCUCUGUGGUGAAACAAUCACAUAUACAAAUUAGCAGUUUGCGUCAUGGUGCUUCACUUUGAAACUGGAAAUUGCACAUACACAAUAUAUGUUGAAUUUUACUGUAUAUUAAUAAAACAAACGAUAAAUCCAUUUAUUAGGAGUUGGAGAUGUAUCGACAGGCUGAUGUCAUCCGGCUAAAGCUCCGUGCAUUGUAUUAACACAAAUUGUUGUCUGUUGACUUAGCAGGCAGCCAAGUUAGCAGGAGUUCAUGCUUCCAUAAGAUUACAAGAUGGAUUCCUGCACAUAAUUUUCACGAUUCUGGCAGGAUUGGAGAAAAAAAAUCCACCAAAUUCAAUGCCUGGUUAGUAUUUGAUAUAAAUGCUUCAUUUACCCCUCACAUGUCACAAAUAACCAUUGACCUAUACCAAAGCAUAAGACUUUAAAUACAUAGUAGUCCAAAAUCUUAUUUUAAAAAUUAUUGUUAUUAGCAUUCGUACUUUGAUGCAGAGUGAAUUGUGGCUUUUUUUUUACUGUUAUUUAACAAGUUACCUGUUCUUACUUUUAAUUCCCAUUACCUCCUUAUGCUAAGCAUGUUAAUAGUCUUCUUUCUAAACUAAUUUAUCUCAAAUUUCACCAAGCAGUAAAAAUUAUAUCAUCUUUUCACAGGAAGUAAAAUAAUUAUUUAUUUAUUAUUAUUUUAUUUUUUAAUGGUUUUUUUGUUUAAACAAAUAAAUUAUUACUAGUAUGGAUAUCAUGAUAUCUAAUAUAUUUUAAAUGACAUUUAGUGCGAUUGUUUUAUACCCCUUUUUAAGAAAUCUGAUUUCGACAAUUUUAAAUAACAUGGUUACCUUACCGUGACAUCAAUGUAUAUGUACCAUGUGUGUGAUGUAUGUGACACAUUUUAAUGCAUUGUAACGUUGUAGACAUACAGUGACAUGCGUCAUACAUGCAAGUGAAUACGUAUGCUGAACUAUUGACAGUUGACAAAUGGCUGGAGUGUUUAUGUUUAAUGUUAGCUGUUAAGUAUAAAUGUAAACAUGUCACUUGAAUUGUCACCAUGCCGACAAGACCGACACAACCUGCUUUACAUGCCGUCCUAUGUCUUCCAAUACAUGUUUUAAAUGUGCAGGUUUUUGUGAAUAGUCUUUCUUGUUAAUGACCUACUUAAAGAGAAAUUAUUGGGAAUUUUAUAAGGUUUUUUUUUUUCUAACACCAGGUUUACAGGCUCUGUUGUGCAUCUGCUAUAUCAAAAUUUACAAAAUAUCUUUCCUUUUUUAAACUAGUUUGAAGCACUAAUUGAUUACUAGUUUUUAUUACAUACCCAUUUAAAUCUUAUUGCAGUAAUAAUAGCCAAUGAUUGCUGGUUGCUGACUUAUUUUAACAAGCAAGACUUACUAACUUCUAUAUAUUUAUAUGCCGACAUUAUUUGUCAGGACAUAACAAAUGGAUGAUGAUGAUUAGAUGGAUGGUGAAACCACAGUAUUUCCUUUCCUUUUGGUAUAGUACUGCUUGACGGGGCCGUGCUCCACACUUCCUGUCAGUUGAGCUUUCUCUGUAUUACCAGAGACAGGGGUACACGGAACCUGCAGUGUCCGUCUGGUAAUCAUCCCCCAUGUGGGGUCAUACAGUCGGGAGACACACCCAUAAUCCGUGAAGUGGGUGAAACUGUGUAUGUGGUCUUACACCUCCCCCAUUGAGCCUUGUGGUGCACUCACUCUGGGUUUGAGCUGGUACUGAAUGAAAAAUGCCCCUUUGCCUCAGGUGGGAUAUGAACCCAGUACCUACUAGCCACAAGUCGAUGGCAUAACCACUAAAGCACUGAGACUAUAAAAAUGUGUCCCAAUUAAGCUUUUAUAAGAAAAUAGGAAUUCUAUAACAAUGAAAUGUACACGACGUCUCUGUACUAUUUUACAAGUCCUUGUGUUGUUAAUGGAUUUCACUUUUAAAGACAUUAUCCCUAAUUAUAAUGUAGUGAAUAUUCUUCUUUUUUCACUAUUACCAUUAAAUUACACAUUAUUACUGCUUAAAUUAUAAAUUUUUGGCAAAUCGGUGAGUUUUUGGUUAUCCCUGUUCUUGUAGUAGGUCCAAACUGUAACACUUUAUGUGUAACGAAAAGGUUACGUAUCUCAGAAACUGGAGUCAUCGACUUUAAAUAGGUGCUAACAGAGCUUGUGAAUUUGGUUUCAGAAAUAAGUGAUCAGUUCUUCUUUACCAAAUUACACUGAUCUUCUUUUUGUGCUGUUCAGCUUUGCUUAUAUUUGUGUAGUUGCCAAUGGGAUCAGUUGCAUAUCAAGAUGAUAAAGUACGCAGUUUGGUUUUAUUUUUUUACGGCUUUAUUUUUAAAUCUGUUGUAUGUUUGUCCAUCUCACAAUACUUAAAAAUGGUUUAUUUGGUACCUCCCCCACACCUUUCGUCUUGUCUUUACAAAGUAAAGAGACUAGGUGACUUUUCCAGCGAUGACUUCAACUUGUGUGUAGCUUAAAGUUAAAAGUUUUGCAGUUAGUGCCACAUUGAAGUUAUGUCCUCCAUCAGUGAAACUUGGUUUGUAGUUACAUCUACAAUUGUUCACCUCAAUGCGCGAUUUAAAAAAAAAUUAGAAAUUUAUUAAAAUUAAACUUUAAUUCAUUUUUUUUUUUUUUAAGUUUAAAAAAACAGACAUGCAUUGAGAUAACAGUGGUAGGUGAUACAUCUCGGGCCUAAUUCACAAAGGUCUCUUAGGCUCUUCUAGACAACAAGUUGCAAGAGUUUAGUGAAUUAGGCCCCUGAUCUUGUUCCAAAAUAAGUGUCGAUACAUAAUUGGAGAAAAGAAUAUGUCCAAAUCACACGUAGUAUAGAUUUAACUAAACUAUUUUUGAUGCUCUUUUUACGCAUUAAAAACUAAAUAUUUAGUUUUGCUAGACUUGAAUUUUAGUGUAUUUUUACUUUUGUAUAUGGAAAAUAGUACCACCCAUUUCAUUUGACUACCAAUUUGCAUACUUUACCUACUAAUGCAUCUUACUUUGAAAGAUUGAAUGAAAAUAUUUCAAGACAUGAACAGAAUUAUGUACUGGACCCCCAGAAUAUUUUUGAUAGUUACUUUGUUCUUCCAUAUUCAAAAUUUAAGUAAUUCUUCAUGAUGUGUUUUACGAAUUGUAAUUCGUUUGCAGACCGCUAAGUGUGAACAGUUGGGCCAAUCUAUAGUCAUUCUAUCAAAAUGUUUUUUUGUAAAUAAUUUCAAUUUGGAUUGACAUAAGAAAAGUAAAAGUGUUUUGGAAAUAACAAAGAAAUACCAUUUGUGUGUGCAAUUUACAAAUCAGUCGGCUCGGAAAUAAAUAACUUGUAGUAAAUUACAUUGUAUGAACAAAAUGCGAUCCCUGUGGGACGGACUAUAGGAUGUUAGUCAUUUCCUAAACCAGAUUCAUACACAGGUUUUUUUUUCAACUUCGAAAGAGUGGAUUUUUGUACCAGCUUAAAAUAUUUUGUUUGUUUGUUUGUGUCUUCUUCUUUUUUUGUAAUAUGUGCAAUUUUAUAUUCAGUGCUUUCCACAUUUAUAUGUCUGUUCAAGUGAAUAGUAAAACGGGUAUUGUAAAUUAAAAAUUGAUUUUAAAAAGUUUGUUCAAAUAUUCAGACAUUAAGUGUUGAUGAAAAUUUGUUUUGUAAAAAACGGUUUCAUUCUGUUUAUAUUGAUUUCAGUAUUUCCAACACAGUUUACUAUUCACUUUAAAUAUUGUAAAUUUUCAUCAUCAUCAAGUUGUUUCAUACGUGGAUAUUCAUCAACACUUUUUAUUAGUUUGCCUUAAAAACCUACUAGCUUUAUAGGUGGGUAUAAAUUAUAAUACAAAUUUACCAUCCCCCCAUUUGUUACAUCUGUUUUGGUAACUGGUAGUAUUAUUAUCUUCAAUAACAAAUUAUAUAUUACACAAUUUUAUAUAUGGUUAUUCUUGGAUGUUUGUCCUGUGACAGAAAUUUGCAGCUCAUGUGUAAAACACACAAUGAGGUGUUAAAACUGGAGACUUUCUGUGUUACAUAGUAUUCACAAUAUUGAUAUGUGCUAUGUUUCACUGAUGUUAACUGUGCAAGUAUAAAUUAUUUAAGUAUUAAUAUUAUACAUAUAAUAAUAUUGAAUAUAUAUGUUUACUGUUAUAAACAAAACUAAGGUAGCUGAUUAUAUGAAUAAAAGUACAAUUAUUUUUUUUAUGUUAUAACCACGAUUGACAUUGAAAAGGUUUUUAACAACAAUUUGCUUUCGUUUCUAAUAAAAAUUUCCCACCUGUUUUCAUAAACAAUUUAAAGUUUUUUCAAUAUAAAAAGUCUCCAAACGUCCUAUACAAAAUAAAAUGGUUGAAUGUGUUUUUUAAUUAAUACACGACCAUGUCACAGUUUUGUUUGUGUAAUUAUUCCCAAUAUGUUGUUAUCAACAUCUAUAAGAAAUUAUUUUUAAUUUUUUAUUACCAUUUACAGGUGCUUGAUUCUAUUACUAGACAUUUUGCGAGAGAAAAAUACAUGUAAACUGAGAUGGAGAUGGGGCCCUUGUGAAUUUACAGAUUCAGUUUAAAUUUUUCAAUCAAAUACAAUUGACAUGUUAUCUGGUGAAGUCCGUAAUUUCAUAUCACCUAGUGCAAGCUUGACUUGUGAUAUGAUUAGAUGUGAAUCAUAUUUGAAAGAAAACGUUAAAACAAUUUGUAUUUUUAAUUUACAUUUGUUAAUUUUCUCAUGUAAAUGUCUAAUAAAUGUCCAAUUGUUUGUAUCCCCCACACCCCCGCACACAAUUUGAUGUACUGAUAGUGUAUUUAUUUCUCAUAUUGUACAUAUUUUGUUUUCUUUUUAUACUAGAAUCGUUUAUGAUCUGUUUUCAUCAUUUGUGUGAUAUGUAUAUUCUGAUAUUCGACACGCUUAGAUAUGUUAAUGAAAUCUGUCAUAUUUUCUAUGUAAAUUAUCUUUAAGUUAGUUUUAUUCUCUGUUACGUUUUUUUUUUUUUUUUUUUUUUUUUUAAUUCCUCUUAUGCCAAAAUAGGUACAUGUAGCUGCUCAACAUAUUAUUCGGCUCUUUAUCUGACCUCCAGUCUAUUUGUCUGACAGGUUAUUAUUAGGUUUUUUUUAUUGCACACGUCUGUCCAUCCAUUUCACCUGCCUUCGAAUUUUUUUUAAAUUGUAAGUCUGCAAUUAAAAAAAAGGCUAUCUUGCGCUUUGCUCUGUUCUAACUAAUGAAACCAUAUUAAUCAAUAUUCUGUUCUAAUAAUUAAAUGGAAUUCUUAACAAAUGUUUACUCUUUUUUUUUUCAUUUCUUUUUUUUCAAUAAAAAUUGUGAUAUUAAAUUAUUGUAAUCUCUCUAUGGUAAUACCCAUCUCAUUCUGAGAAACCAUACAUGUUCAAAAGUGAAAUGAUGGUAUAGGAGAUAUCAGAGUUUAAAUGCUUAUGGGCUUGGAAUACUAAAUACAACAUGAUGUUGGUUUUAGCUGUCGGUAAUGUCACAAUGACAAGAAUACAUCUGAACAUACAUGUUAACUGUUUUUGGGUAAUGCUCAACACAUAUCUCUACUUAAUUAAAACUUGGUUAGCAUUAAAGGAACCUGCAUUAAUGAAUAUUGAUGUAUAUACAUGUAACAUUGUAAUAUGAUUUACUACUUCUUCAGCAUUCAAAAUUUAAUCUAGUACAUAUAAACAUAUAAGACAGUUAUAAAGUAUUGUUCCUUGAUUCAAAAUAAACCAUUUAUCCAUUGCUUUUGUUAUAUAUAUAUAUAUAAUUACAAAGAUUUUGGAGUGAAAUAUUUGGUAGUGUUAAUAUUGGUGUCUGACAAUCUUUAAUGAAAAUAGCUCAAAGCAAAUGUUUUAACAUAAACUGAAAAACUCAGAUAUGUGCUCAAAACUACAAAACACGAUAGCUUACAUUUUUGUGCUUCUACUGUGCACACUUUUUUAUCUUUGUUUUUAACUAUAAUAUUGUUUUAAUGUUGAGGUGUGAUGGCAAAAGAUGUUAAUAAAAGACAUUAUUAUUUAUCUCAAGUAAUACAUUUUAACGUUGAGGUAUGACAGCAAAAGAUGUUAAUAAAAGAAAUUUUUACUUAUCCCAGAUAAUAAAUUUGAACAGGUGGACUAAUGUUUAAAUAUUUCAGCUGGUAUCUUACAUAAUUAAGUUGUGCCACUUAAAAAGACUUGAUAUCACAAUUCAGCAGUAUCAGAUAUUUGGAUCUCAAACUAUGAAAACAGCAGAGCAACUAUGGUACUGACAGUUUACCGGUUUUUAAACAGUUUGUAUACCCAGUGAUGGUCAACUAGUAUUUGCACAAUGUGCCUUUUAUUAAUAUUUAAUCCCAUAGAAUUAUAACAUUUUAUCUGUUUGGUAUUUUAAUAUUAAAAUUGUCAGGAGUUUACUAUGGUAACACGUUUCCUACUAAUAAAGCAGUUUUGAAGACUGAAGUUCAUGUUAAAUAUGCUUUCCUGUUUAGAGAUCAGAAUUGGUAUGCUCAAUGCAUAUUUGACAAUCCUAAUGUUUGUAGUAGACCAAACUUUGUUUUAUUUCUUGAUAUAAAUUUAUUUCAUGUGUAUGAAAUUGUUGGGAGGUUGAUGGUUUACCCAUGCAUGGAUGUAGUACUACACAUCCGGCAAGAGAAGACAAUUCUGCAGUGGCUGUUAUGACUGGUUGUAUAGCAUAUUGGUUGUGCUAGCACUAGGUAAAUAUGAAUAAUAUAAAUUUAAAAAAUGCUAUGUUUUGGUUACUACAAACAUUAGGAUGACCAGAACUGUUGGAUAUACAGCCACCGAUAUUCAAAUGUACUUGUAACUAAUUUUAGUUGUUCAAAUACUGUUAGUCGGAAUCCUGAAAAACGGUAACAAAUCUCAGUUCAGUUUGUUAAAGGAAAAUAAAUAUAAACAAAACAUGCAUUUUAUUUCGAAUAUGGUCUCAUACAACCGAGUUAAAAUGCAAAUUAAAAUAUUUGCUCACCUAAUCAUUAUGCAAUCGGCUUAUGUUGUUAGUUUUAAAACGUACACAACAAUGAAAGUAAUAUUUUAUUCAUGUACAUAAUAUGUGUCAAUGAAUCCCCCCCCCCCCCCCACCUCCUCCGUUGUUUAAUUCCCUUGGUGUUUAUAUUGACCCAUAAUAUGGUGAAAUGGUGUGGUAAGCUUCUUAGUAUAGCAUUUGAUGUGCAUGUAUAUUUGUAUAAAAUGUACAGUGAAGACUUUUAUUACUGGCAUAAGAAGAAACAGCGUGCAUUCAUAGUGUUUUCAGUAGUUUGUAUGCAUUUACAUUGUACCAUAGUUCUCAUGUUUUCUUUUAAGUUUUUUUUUUUUUUAUAUUGGAAUAUCCGAUAGGCCUUUGCUUUGCAUAUUAUGUAGGUUUUGUAUACCGAUAGAAGGAAAUAAGGGAACACUUGGUGUUAUUGAUCAUUUUUAAUUUAUUACUAGCGUAGUAAAAUCUGUAUAACAUACAAAAAUAUCAUGCGAGGUUGAAUAUUGGUAAUGUGGAACUGAAUGUCAGUAACACUAGCUGUUAACUUCCUGAUAUUAAGGAUGAGAGUUUUAGUUGCAGUCAGUCUUCUACGUUUCUAUUCAAGUGAUCCCUUAUUUCUUUCCAUCAGUGUAUAUCAUUAUUUAUUCCAUUGCUUUUAUGAGAUGUUCGAUUCAUUAAAAUGGAUACUUGACUGGCAAGUGUUUAAUACAGGAUUUAUCCUUAAAACAAAAAUUAUUACUGUGACAUAUGUCGAGAGCUUUUCCAAAAAUCUACAUUGUGGAGUGGAGUGAGGGUUGCACCGCCUAUAAAAUUAAAAUAAUAAUAAUGGGUGGGAAUUGGUGAACUGUAAAAAAAGAGGAAAGCUAGAGGGGUCCGGGGUGGUGAACUGUAAAAAAGAGGAAAGGACGAUUGAAAUGCGAGGAAACGCGAUGUUCCAUGAGAGGUAAACUGUGGAUCCGAGGAGAAUUCCCACCCUUGUAAUAAGGAUUUAUUGGGAUGAAUUCCAGUAGACACACAAGCACUAUAAAAUAAUUUAGAUGGCUUAGGCCUACCUCCUCUGCUAGAAAAAAAAGAAGAGAAAAACACCCACCCAAAUGGUCAGAAACUUAUAAAUAAUCUGGAAUAGAUUCAAGAUGUCUAAUGUCUACAGUGGUAAUAGACGGUAGUAAAAUAUUAGGUUUUUUUAAAAUCUGAAAGUGCUUCAGCUAGAUUGCAUAGUAAGCUUAUCUUUCACGUUGGCCAUUUGCUUUCAUUUUAUAGAUCACCUAUGUAUGUAUGUAUGUAUGCUAUGUAUUCAUUAAUUUGUUUUUACACGAGACUGUCCCGAGUUUUACUGCCAUUGUAACAUGUUUGACUAAUGGAACACUUUCUAAUGACAAAAAGUACAGAUUACCAGUAAAUGCAUUUUUAUGUUUAUAUUAUACGUAAUCUGUAUAUUGAAUUGGUGGUUGUCCUAAUGUUUGUAGCAGUCCAAACUGGACUUUACCUCACAAUAAUUUCGUAUGUAUGAAAAAUAUAUAUUAAGAAAUAAAAUGAAGCUUGAGCUAAUACAAACAUUAGGAUGAUUAAAAACACAUUAAAUAUUCCCACAUCAAUAUCGUGAACAGCAAAAUGUAUUUUAUAUUGAAUUUUAGUGGUUAAGAACAAUUACAAUGGCAGAAAACUUAGAACAGAUAUUUCAAACCUCAGAAGCUAAAACCGAAAUGAUCUGUAAUGUCAAGAAUUACAAGAAUUUGUUAAAAGAGAUCUCCAAGACAAGAAAAGGGCCUAAGGUAAUUUGUUCCUUCUAUAAAACAAACAGUGUUGAUCAUGUUUCGCAGAAAUCACCUUGUGCUGUGAGAAUAAACCAAAAUGCAAACUCC